AUGGCGGAACCUCCACAACAACCCCUUCUUCUCCUUGACAGCACCGAUUCCAGAACCAACCGAGUCAUGUCUCAACUCACUCACUCGCUCCUCUCUCAACUCACCCAACUCAAUCCUUCUCUUCCUCCUUCCACCCUCGCACAACGCGAGUCUUAUAUUCAAUCUCGCCUUCAAAACCUUUUCCAUAAUUUCCACACCCCCACUCACCCCCCUUAUGCUCUGAUGAUAAACAAGGCAAUUGUGGAAUUGAAUGACAAAAAUGGAUCCACCGUGGAGGCGAUUUCGGAGUUUGUUAAAAGAGAAUACGACGAUUUACCAUGGGCUCAUUCGAAGAUUCUGAGUAUUCAUCUAGGGAGGAUGUGUGAGAUUGGGGAGGUUGCAUGCACUGAGAAUGGGAGAUACAUGCUUCCUGUUGGUGGCAUGGAAAAGAAAGAGGAGAAAGAGAAAGAACGGUGUAAGGGUAGCAGGAAGAGGCGGAGGGGCUGUAGGAGUAAUCGUGAAGAUAUUGAGAGAGGGAAUCAGUUGGCUUUGUUGGAUAGUGAUGGUAUGGGUGAGGCUUCGCCGCAGGUCGCUGAGAGUGGUGAUCAUUUGAUUGGAAGUGUCAAGGAAAAGGGUGUUCAAUACUUUGAACCAAAUCCACAACUUCAGAUGGUAAGUAGCAUAGCUUGUGCAGAAGGGUCACCAGAGGGCAUAAUCUCUACCGCUGACAUUGAUACAGAUGUAACAACUGCACUAGUUUGUGCGAAUGUAGAUGAUGAUACAGCCAAUGCGAAAGCGUUCCAGAGACAGGCCUCGUAUCAGAACGGUCAAACUAGAGGUCCAGGGAGGCCUCCUAGGGUAAUUCAAGAUACUGAACAAUGUGAAGAUAAGUUAAAGAAAAAAGAAGAGAAGUUAAGGAAGAAAGAAGAGAAGUUGAAGAAAAAAGAAGAGGAGUUAAUGAAAAAAGAUCAAGCUAAGCUGCAUGACCGUGAAGAGAAAUUAAAGAAAAAAGAUGAAGCUAAGUUGCAUGACCGAGAAGAGAAAUUAAAGAAAAAAGAUGAAGCUAAGCUGCAUGACCGUGAAGAGAAAUUAAAGAAAAAAGAUGAAGCUAAGUUGCAUGAUUGUGAAGAGAAAUUAAAGAAUGAAAAUCAAGCUGGUCGUGGUCGAGGUCGUGGACGAGGUCGUGGUCGUGGUCAAGGUCAAGGGAGGGCUCCUAAGCCCAAGGUAUGUGAUACUGAUGCACCAGUUGCUGAAGCCACAACCAUUUGA